UCUUUUGCAUAAUGACAGUCACUCGUAAACGUCAAAAUCAAAAAUAGUUUUUUUGCUCGAGUUACGUCCAAAAUGGCAGCUACAAGAAGACUCCAAAAGGAGCUGACCGACAUACGUGCAUCUGGUCUCAAAUCUUUCAGGGACAUUGUUGUGGAUGAGGGAAACCUUUUAUUGUGGUCUGGAUUAAUUGUUCCGGAGAAUGCUCCAUAUAAUAAAGGCGCAUUCAGAAUCGAAAUAACGUUUCCAGCAGAAUACCCGUUCAAGCCGCCAAAAAUCUCGUUUAAAACAAAAAUUUAUCACCCGAAUAUUGACGAGAAAGGUCAGGUGUGUCUGCCUAUUAUUAGCGCGGAAAACUGGAAACCAGCCACCAAGACUGAUCAAGUUAUACAAGCUCUCAUAGCACUUGUCAAUGAUCCCGAGCCGGAGCACCCCCUGAGAGCAGAUUUAGCCGAAGAGUAUCUGAAAGAUCGUAAAAAAUUCACAAAGAAUGCUGAAGAAUACACACGGAAGCAUAGUGAAAAGCGACCGGAAUAAGUCAAACGUGCAUAUGUCUUCUCAGCGCCCUGCAAACAAACCCAAAUCACAACAAAACACAUGAAAAUGUGUAAACUUAAAUUCAUCUAGUAUUUUUUUCCUUUUUUAAAUCCUAAUUUAAAUCAAAGCUGAAGUUGCAAAUCAAACGCGGAAUACACAUCUAAUUAUAAUAAAAAUUAAUAGUUCAAGAAAUUUCUUUUAUUUUUUGCUAAGGAAAAUAAUGUUUUCAUAUUCAUAACAUCUAUUGUCGUUUUGCGAGUGCGCCGAAUCAUUUCAAAAUCGUUCCUUAGCUUUGCCAGAUUAAGCGAGUUGUUGUUGAGCUUUGAACCGCUUUUUCCUUUCAUAGAAAUCGAAUCCAUAUAUCAUAUGUGCAACAUGCUUUAACAAACAAAGUGAAUGAAAUAACUAAAAGCAACAUGCAUUAUAACUAAUGUAACAACAUAAAAACCGCAUUGGAUUGAAGAGAAAGAAAGUGUGUAAUGCAUUUAAUUUAGAUCUAAACAAUAUGUACUAUGUAACACGUCUGUGACAGCAAACUGCGUUCUAACUAUAAUUAGACAAAGAUAUGUUCAAUAAAAGCGAAUUAACAA